AUGAGCGAGGUGUCUGUCCUGGAGAAAACAACCUUCCUACUAGGACUGCUUUGCCUUUGUACAGGCUCUGCAGAUGCUGCUGCCCCCAGCGUGUAUCAGUCCCCGCCCUGCAUCUUUGCAGCUGUGGGGUCAGAGCCCAUUAUGGAGUGCAGCUCCCCUCUGAUAGGGGAAAGUAAAAUAUUUUUUAUCUCAUGGUACAAAGAGGAGAGGAAACUGAGUCUCUCAGACAGGCGCUUCAUGCGAUCUGAAAACAUUACAGCACGGUCUGGUUCUCUCUGGAUACCCCGUGUGCAGACUAAUGAUGCUGGAGUCUAUACCUGUGAGAUAGGGACCACCACCCACAGCUUUAAUGGGAGUGGAACAAAACUGGAAGUUCACGGUUCAGGUCAGAAACUGGAGAAUCAAACUGCAGCAGAAGGGUGUGUUCAUUUUACUGCGCCCCAGCAAGAACACGUGGCUUUGACAGUGGGUCUGCCUCUUCUGUUCCUGCUGACAGCGAGCGUGCUCAUCAUCUGCUACUUCAAACGGCCAAAAUGGUUCCCAGCUGAGGAAAGCUUUAGGAACCAAUUGGAUACGCACAGAGAGACGCCAACACAACAAGAAUUAACCACAGAAGUACCCCCCGACUUGUAUCACAUGCCAAAAAGCACCUCUAGACUCGCACACCAGAAGGAAAGACAACUGCAACCUCAGACUCCCGCGAACCCAAUCGAAGACGGCCUGAAUUAUAGCUCUAUGUACUUCAGCCAGGAAUAUCCGGAGGCUGUACAAAUGGAUGAAGAGAGAACAGAACUAUAUGCACCAGUGAAGAAAAAGAAAAGUUCAGCCUCUUAUGCAGCGUACUAACGUCAUUAGACUAAUCAGUGUGGUCCGAGUCACGCUGGGUGGCUUAUCCCAUUGGCAGAC